GGCGGCUGCCGAGCAGACGCCCGGACUACGAGCUGCGAGCUCCGGUCUCCGGCCAUGGUCCCCGCUCCGCCCCCCACCGCCUCCUUCUCACCCGCCGAAGUCCAGCAGCGACUGGCGGCUGGCGCUUGCUGGGUCCGCUGCGGGGCCCGCCUCUACGACCUCACCGGUUUCCUGCGGCAGCACCCGGGGGGCGAGCAGCUGCUGCGGGCGCGGGCUGGCCAGGAUGUUAGCGCCGACCUGGACGGGCCGCCGCACCGGCACUCGGCCAACGCGCGCCGCUGGCUCGAGCAGUACUACGUGGGCGAGCUUCAAGGAGACCCUCAGGGUUCCGUGGAGAGCGGGGCUGCGGCUUCUGCGGACAACCAGAAGACAGACCCAGUGAUGGAGCCAAAGCUCAAAGCGAUAGAUUGGGACAAGGACCUGGUAGACUGGCAGAAGCCCCUACUGUGGCAGGUAGGCCACUUGGGAGAGAAGUACGACGAGUGGGUCCACCAGCCAGUGACCAGGCCCAUCCGCCUCUUCCAGUCAGACUUCAUCGAGGCCCUCACCAAGACUGUCUGGUACACUGUCCCCAUCAUCUGGAUGCCCCUGAUGCUGUACCUCAGUUGGUCCUACUACCGAACCUUCGCCCAGGGCAAUGUCCGCCUCUUUGCUUCCUUCACCACAGAAUACUCAGUAGCCAUGCCUAAGUCCGUGUUCCCGGGCCUCUUCUUGCUGGGGAUACUGCUCUGGAGUCUCAUAGAGUACGCCCUCCACCGCUUCCUCUUCCACAUGAAGCCCCCCAGCAACAGCUAUUACCUCAUCAUGCUGCACUUCGUCUUGCAUGGCCAGCACCACAAGGCACCCUUCGAUGAGUCCCGCCUGGUCUUCCCCCCUGCGCCAGCUUCUCUGUUGAUUGCCUUGAUCUACACAAUCUUACAGCUCCUCCUGCCCGAGGCGGUGGGGGGCACUGUGUUUGCCGGGGGCCUCCUGGGCUACAUCGUCUACGAUCUGAUGCAUUACUACCUGCACUUCGGCUCGCCGCACAAGGGCUCCUACCUGUACAACAUGAAGGCCCACCACGUCAAGCAUCACUUUGCACAUCAGAAGUUAGGAUUUGGCAUCAGCACUAAAUUAUGGGAUUACUUUUUCCACACCCUUAUGCCGGAAGAAUCGCACCCGAAGAUGCAGUGACAACUCCCAGCCCCACUGUGACCCCGCCCUGCCCCGCCAUCAUCCGGACCCUGCCAAGAAGGUUUGCUUGGCCAGGCAGGAUAGUCUUUGUCCAGCUCUUGGGUUUGGUGAAGGGUGCUGGGAAGGCCCUGAAGACUGAGACUGCCCCCCGACCCACCACAGGAAGGUCACAUCCACUUGGUGGCCCAAUGGCCCUCAGGGACUAACUCAUAUCUGCAGCAGCCCGGCGUCUCCAUCAGCGUCUGUGCCUAGAGCCUUAGCCCACAGGACUGCGUUAGGACCCCGCCUACGUUAUCAGCCCCAAGGGGAAUGAAGGAAACGGACCCCGGUGACUUCCUGACAGGCCUGUGAUCCCCCCCGCCCCGUCACCUCCCCUGGGAGCUACCCCCCAGAGCAAAGAAUGGGGUCUGUAGGGCCUCCAGCCCUGGUCUUCCCCACCUUCCCUUCCGGGGACGGUUUGAUGGCUCUGGCUUUCUCCUGCAGUGCGGAGAACACUGAGGUGGAUGACGGGCUCUCCCCAGGAGAGAGCAUGAUGCCUCCCACAGGCCACCCCAGGUCCCAGGGCAGUGCCUUUGUCCACUGCCAGUCACCGAUUCUGGCGGCAGCAGCAGGUGCCUCAGGCUGAGGCGCACCCCUGGCCCUCACCUGCCUGUGCGGACAGGCCGAGGCUGGCUGGCGGGGACCUCAAGGCUGGCGGGGGCCCAGGCCCCCUUCUUUAGGAACCACCAGCCGCGCUAGCCGUCUCUUCCCUGCCUCCAGAAUCUCAGAGCUUCUCGCCAAGGGAGGCAAUGAGGCCUCACUAUGGGCGGGCACCCAGUGCCCUCCCAUGCAUUCCCAGACCUCCGCCUGGCAUGGGUGGGCCGCUGCCCCUCACUCAGGACCCUUCCAGCCAGUGCCUCCUUAGGCCACGAAGGAGCCUUUAUUUGGUGCCUUAUCUCCCUUCCCCUUUGCUUCCCUGCCCUCCUCCCAGCAGAUGAGGUUCCAGCCCCCUCUUCCUCAUAACCAAAACCCUCACUGCUUGUAAGAGGGUCUUAUUUAUAAACCAUACAAACGCUCAAGUAGCUGCUCAGAUCGCCCUUUCUAAUCCUAUGUGUUGAGCUUAUGUAAACCUUUGUCCUAUUUUUGUUUCCUUCUUAUACCCACAAACCGUUACUACUUGAAACUUUUAAAAACAAAAACAAAACUCGAUGAACAUAAAGGCUAAAGAGAAACAGUUGACCGAUCCUGUGAUUGUACUGUUUACUGUGGAGUUAUUUAAAGAUUUUGGAAUAAAUAUACAAACUGCAGUUGUGAAAUAAAGGUGUAAAUAAAUUGUAUAUUUUGAAAAAUAAAAGCAUUUUAAAAGAAACCAACAAA